UGCCAUUAUUUUGAUUAACAUGUUUUAUUUGUAUUAUUUAUAUUUUUUGUUAUUACAACUUUUAUUUUGAAAGGUUAAAUUAGUGGAAUCCAGCAUGUUGCUAGGAAACCAAAGAAAAGCAAGACGCUGUCUGAAAGCGUAACUUUCACAAGUGGCUGUAAGGGUCAUUUAAGUUAAGAAUUUAUUGAAUUAUUUCAUUUCUACCUCGAAGGAAAGGGUCAGCCAGCGAGUUCGACGGUGGUGGUAUGUCAGUGAGACUAAGAGAAAUUGUAAGAAGAACAAGUUCAAAAAAUCGACAUUAAAGCUGACUAUACACCAGCAGUUUAACGAACUCUUUGUCGCCGUUAAAAACAAGAAGAGGUGGAAGUGACAGUCGAACUCGGAGCUACAUGAUUCUCGCAUCGUUUCACCGAAGAUCCGACGGUUGCAAAUGUUAACGGACACACGUUCAACGGUUGCUUCUUCAUAAAGACGUCCAGAAACCAGACAUUUAAGUUCAUGUUUGGAAAGUGACACAAGGAAGGAGUAACAACAAGGAACUGUGUGAAGCCUGACAACAACAGCGCAACAAGGUAACGAGAAGGGAAGUAAUGUAACAAAGCUCAGAGUUGAUUUACGUCAAGUUAAAAGGAGAUUUCACCAGUUAAGAAUUCUGUAACGUCUCAAGUGAAACAAAAUGUCAGAAACAAAUGACACAGGAAUAGAAGUUGCCGGUGCAGAACAAGCUGCCGAAGCAGAUCAAGUAGAUGAAACAUUUUUAGUGCAACCUGGGCAAGAAGAGCUGCGUAGAAGUGAAAGACCUCGCAUGCUAACAGGAAAAGGAAGAGAAUUCCAUAAAGAAAAACUAAAGGGGCUGCAACGUCACUUUGAAAGUACUUAUGACAGAUGGAAAGCAUUAAUUAAAGUUGCUAAAAAAUCUGUUAUUAAAGGAGAUCCAGUUGACAUUCUUGAAGGACACAUGGACAUUGUGCAAAGAGAACUAGCCGCUCUUAAUGACAUUUAUGAUCAAUACAGAGCAAUAGAUGGACCACCUCAUGAUAUGCGUUCCAAGUUAGACAAAUGUAUAUCAGUGACUAAGGUAGUUUUGCAAAACAUCCAAUGCCAUGUUGAGGGAACAAAUAAGGAGGAAAUUGUUUGGCCUGAUGCCAGUUCUAUAUUUACAUCUUCAAGCUCAACUAGUGUCUCAGUUCAUAGUCAUUUUAAAGCCAGUACAGUUAACUCUAAUGGCUCUUCUGCCAAAAGACAAGAAGCUGCAGCAGAGUAUGAAGCAACAAAGGCUGUGCUUAAGAUAAUGGCUGAACAAGAGAAAUUUAGAGAAAAAAUGCAAACCAUAGAAGAAGAAGACAAACGCAUAACAGCAGAACAGGAAGCUGCUGCGAUGUCACAACGCCAUCAAGAGGAAAGAGAGGAAACAGAACGCAAGUUAAAAAGAGAAAAGGAAAAGGCGGCUGUGAUAAAGAGACAACAAGAGGAAAGUGCUGCAAGGAAAAGGUCAGUUGAGGACUUAAAAAGGGAAAUUGAAAGACUGGAAAAUCUGAAAGGACUCAAUGCAGCAAAGGCAAAAUUACAAGUUUAUGAAGAAGAUUACUUUUCAGUAAAGCAAGAAAGCAUCACUCCAAAUCCUGCAAACAUACAGGCAACUAAGUUCAAGAACACUGCUAAUCAACCCACACAACCACCACAACAGUUAAAUGUCGUUCACGAGAGCACAGGUGAGCUUGUAAGGGUUUUGGCAGAAGCUAUGUCAGCUAAUAGGCUACCAAUUCCAGAGCCCUCAGUAUUUAGUGGGGAUCCACUUAAGUUUAAACAUUGGAAGGCAUCUUUUCAGACUCUAAUAGAGAGAAAGAACAUACCCAUUGCAGAAAAGAUAUUUUUCUUACAGAAGUAUGUAGGUGGGUGUGUUAAAGAAGCCUUAGAUGGCUAUUUUCUGAUUGGCUCUGAAGAUUCCUAUAUGGCAGCAUGGAAUAUUCUCAAUGAACGUUAUGGAGAGCCUUUUGUCAUUGCUAAGGCCUUUAGAGACAAGUUGCACACAUGGCCAAAGCUCCAAGGUAAAGACGGUGCAGAGUUAAGAAAGUUUGUGGAUUUCUUACAAAGCUGUCAAUCUGCAAUGAUUACCAAUGAGAAUCUGAACAUCCUUAAUGAUGGAAUAGAGAAUCAAAGACUUGCUGCUAAACUGCCAGACUGGUUGAGCAACAGAUGGAACCGAAAGGCUACAGAGUACCAGCUAGAGCACAGACAUUUCCCACGUUUCAGUUACUUUGUAACAUUCCUGUCAAUGGAGGCAAGUAUUGCAUGUAAUCCCAUUACAUCAUAUCAAGCUAUAAGACAAAGUGACUUUGACAAACCAAAGACAAAACCUCAACUUACACCCAUUCAUAAGAAGCAAGAUAUUGCAAAAAUCUUCACAACUAACUCUGCAGAAAGAAGCACAAUUUCUUGUGUGUUUUGUAAGAGAGCAGGACACAGCUUACACAAAUGUCGUAAGUUCACUGAGAAACCAGUUACUGAGAGAGUCAAGUUCAUUCAAGGUGAAAAACUAUGUUUCGGCUGCUUAAAUAGUGGUCAUUUCUCCAAGAACUGCAGCAACCGGAUGACAUGCAACACAUGCUCAAAACAACAUCCCACAUGUCUGCAUGAAGAAAGACAAAGGCACGAGAUAAAGAAAGAGCAACCUAAAGAACAAGAAGUAGCUGAAUGGAAGGAAACCCAGCAACAGGUAACACAGUCACAAGACACAGUUAACGAAAGUACAUCUAACAGAGUGACUCAUGAAAGUAGAAACACACAGACAUCUGCAAUAGUACCUGUGUAUGUAUCCACGCAAAAUGAGCCAAGCAAAGAAAUACUUACCUAUGCUCUGCUGGACACACAGAGUGAUUCGUCCUUUAUUCUCAAUGAAGUAGCAAACAAUCUGGACACAGCUAAAACCCAAGUUAAACUCAAAUUAUCGACGAUGUCAUCCAAGAAAACAACUGUACCAUGUACAAAACUUGAAGCUCUGCAAAUAAGAGGAUUGUUUUCCAAAAAGAAACUCACUGUGCCAGUUGCUUACACACGUGAUUUCAUACCUGCCAAUCGUAGCCAUAUUCCUACUCCAGAUACAGCAAGGUCAUGGCCACAUUUGGAGCAUCUCAUUGAACAUAUUGCUCCACCAUUAGACUGUGAUAUAGGACUUCUGUUGGGAUACAACUGCACACAAGCCUUAAUGCCCAGAGAAGUUAUAUGUGGUGAAGAAAACCAGCCUUAUGCCCAAAAAACAGAUUUGGGCUGGAGCAUCAUAAGUUACUGUGAUUCAUGUGAUGCAGGUAGUGAUGUAAUUGGAGUAAGUCAUCGCAUCACUGUAAAGCAAGUAAUACCAGAGACUGAGUCAACCACAAAGCUAAAGAAUAAAGUUCAUUACAUCUGCAAGACACAAAUAAAAGAAGUAACUGGUCCAGAUGUAAUCAAAGCACUUGAAUCAGAUUUUACAGAGAGAGCAGUGGAAGAAACAAGCAUUUCACAAGAAGAUGUCUGCUUCAUAAGAAAGCUGCAAGAAGGAAUCAAACAAAAGCAGGAUGGACACUAUGAAAUGCCCCUGCCUUUCAAAAAUGACAGACCAAAUCUUCCCAACAACAUGUCAAGCGCAAUGCAACGCUUAAACAGUCUCAAACGCAGAUUCAUAAGGGAUCAAAAGUACUACUCUGAUUAUACAAAGUUCAUGGAGGACAUUAUUGCACACAAUGAUGCAGAGAAAGUACCAGAGAAGGAACUCUGUAAUUCCCCUGCCUGGUAUAUUCCCCACCAUGGGGUAUACCAUCCUCAAAAGCCUGGUAAGAUCCGUGUAGUUUUUGACUGCUCUGCACAAUAUCAAGCUACUUCACUAAAUGAACACCUGCUUACAGGGCCUGACCUCACAAACACUUUGGUGGGAGUACUCUGUAGGUUCAGGAAAGGCUCAGUGGCUGUAAUGUGCGACGUGGAACGUAUGUUUCACCAGUUUCAUGUAACACCCCGAGACCAGGAUUAUUUACGCUUCCUAUGGUGGGAGCAUGGUGAUCUAAGUGUUCCCCUCUCAGUCUUUCGCAUGAAGGUUCACCUGUUUGGUGCAGCCUCUUCACCUGGUUGUGCCAAUUUUGGUUUAAAGCAUCUAGCUACACAAGGAGAGGAAGAUUCUCUCAAAACACAGUGA